AUGGUGGCCUCCCUGACCUCUGUUCUCCAUCUCCGGCUAACCACAAGCUCCGUUCUCCAUCGACGCAGUGGCUCCCGAGGACUUCGGGUGGGAAAAUGUUAUGCUGAAGCGUUGCCGACUGCUCCACAGAUCAACUUGGAGACGCUGCAGACCGCCAUCUCCAAGGUUUCCCGCCUUGACCGUGCUCUUUCUUCUGUGUCUCUCCUUUUUGAAUCCGCCAUUUGUAAAUUUUCUCGAAAUUUGUCGUGAUUAUUUGCGUCGCGAACCGUUUUAACGGUCUCUGUACGAAUUACCUCCGUUUCCGAUCUGAUUCGGUACCGUGGUUGAGUUGGAGACUGACGUCAUGGGGCUAUGCGAUCCGUGAAUAAUGUAAGGAAGUAUGUUUUUUAGUAUCCACAUUCAAUUUUAUGAUUGAAUUGCGGCGGCUACGUAUUCGUAGAGGUCUUCGUACAAGCUAAAUUUGUUCCGUUAUAUUCACGCACAGCACAAACGAGGUGGAUGUUUCCGUUUGAAGUGUAUCAGAUUUUAUUGCAACGCCUGGUAGAAUAUGAUAUUUAGAUAUAAUUUAAUAAUAUCGAUAUGUUGAACAGUCGAGUCUUAUCAGCCUCAGAUACCCUUGACAUCAGUAUUCUUUAUUCAUUUUUUUCUAGCCUCUUUAACACCAAUAUCGUUUGUCACAUUUUUAUUAGACCUAGAUUCUGGAGACUCUUCUUUUCGGUUGGAGUAUUCAGCCUACCCGAUCCAUGUAGAAUAAUAUUUUUGACCAUUUAAGGCAUCCUUUGCUUUUCCCGGAUUUCGUUUAAUCAUCAUAUAACGACAACUGUUUUGAAGCAAAUUUAUUGAACAAGUUUUUUCAUCUGUGGUCUUUAUUUCGGGGUUGACAUCGGACUAUUUAUUUUGUUGGAAGGUAUUCUCAUACUUUUCUGGUUGCAGAAAGAUGCUGAUGCGGUCAAAGAGGCGCUUGAUCUGCUAAGUCAAAACGAGUGGGCCAAGAAAUGGAAUUCUCAGCCAUAUGUUUCACGCAGAACGGUCAGCUCUCCAUUCUGUCACCACUGAUUCAUAUCCUAUUCAAGUUCUAGUCACAUCAACAACUGUCUUUUGUUCAUCCGCUCCUCAUAACCAUUUUUAUUUCGUAAAUCUCCCGGUGGAUUAAACAUAUAACAGUUUUGAAAAUUUUGCACAGACAUCUCUGCGGGAGCUCACAACUCUUGGGAUUCAAAAUGCUGAGAACCUUGCAAUUCCAAGUGUUAGAAAUGAUGUAAGUUCGAACGUGCAAGGCCUACUCGCUGGAAAUAUGUCUCUUUAUAGUUGCCCCCUUUAAAAACGAAUAGAAAAUUUCUAAAACCUUCUACACGUAGGAUUUUUUUUCAUUAUCUCACUAAUGAUAAAGGAGAUUGGCAAUCUGGAAUUUUUAAAAAAGUUGUUUCUGUUGAUGGAAAUUCUUUAUUGCACCUGAACGGUGAACUACUGGAAAUAAUGUCUGGCUGGCUCAAUGUAAUCCAACUGAAACUAGAAAGCUUGUUUUUUCUGUAAUCAUAAAUGGAAGACCCAUGUUCUUUCUUAUUAGCCUUCAAUUUUCGUUAAAUAACUGAUGGCUCCCAGUAACACAGGCUGCGUUUCUUUUCACGGUUGUGGGAACCACAGGAUUCUUGGGCGUUCUUGCUGGGCAACUCCCUGGGGUACUGUCUGAAACUUUCAUUCUUUGAUUCAAAAUACUCCGAUUUGAUAUUCUUGAGGUUAAUUUUCAACUAUUUGAAACUUUUUGUUAUUCAAAACAUCUUUUUGUUUUAUUUUGACUCUUAUUUUUCCAAUAUGAACCAUGUAAAACGCCAUAUUGCCGUAAAAUUUUAUCAAAGCUGAUGCUAGACCAGCUGCUGAAUUGAUCUUAAGUAUUUUCUGAGAGCUGCGGAAAAUUGAUUCCUAUUACGCUUUGAAGUUGAUGAUAUCCUUUGAGCUUUAGCAUAAAAAUAAAUAAAUUAAUCUUCCCUGUUGCGUGCUUGAGAUAUUAGCUCAUCCCGUAUGAGUAAGUUCAACCGCCUGAGUGAGCUCGAAUUGCACGCCUUCUGGCAUUCCAUCAAUAAAUAAAUCCAUGAGAUGUUGAUCGUGUGUAACUGUAGAUGUGUGUUGAGUCAAUGGUACAUUUUUUUAUAGACGCUAGAAAUACACUACAGGGUAGUUGGAAGGUCAGGAAUGAGGAUGAAGAGUUGGACUAUUUAUGCAUUACUGUUGUAUGUGGCGAGGGAAAAAUGUGUGAUAUGUAAUGACAUAAACAAUAGAGAACCAGAGGCUGGGUCAUGUAUGAUGGGUGAUAUUUUUUAGGCUUAAUGGCAGAACCAGGGUUCUUAGGAGAGGUGAGGUCAGUCUAAUUCUCAUUUGUUGUCAUAUUUUUCAUUACUUAUUAUGAUACUGUGAUUUUCUGGGGAAUCCUAUUUUUGAAAUCAAAUACAAACACAUUGGUAUUCAUCUAUACUGCUCGCAAUAUAAUGUGUCAAUUAUUUUAACUAUCAUCUGUUUCUGUCGGUCAAUCUAGUUUAUAGUGCUCUCUUCCAAACCUUAUUUCAUCCCUCAAAGAAAUUUCUUAGUUGUCCCUCGGGAAGUUGGGUCCAUGAUUUUUGCACAGUAUUCAUACGAUUAUAGGUUAUUGUUGUAGGGCUUGUGGUGAUGUUGCUGACGAUGAUGCUCCUCAUACAGAAGUUGUCAAUGUCCUAUCUAUGAAAUCAGAACUGGUCUCUGUGACGCGUCUAUUCUUUGUUGAACAAACUUUGUAUUCUGUUCUAUAUCCCCGAAAGCAUGAAUUCCGAAAUUAUCUGGUUCUGUAUUGAUAUAAUUCACAUAUGGAUAUAUGUGGAUUUAUUUUCUGUUCUAACUAUUGGAUUUUACAGGAUUGGGGUUUUUUCGUGCCCUACCUCAUUGGAAGCAUUUCUUUGAUUGUCCUGGCUGUGGGGAGCAUUUCUCCUGGGUAAGAUUCUUUGCAGUUGAAGAUAUUCCCUCUUCUUGAUGCCCAACUAAAAAACUUGAUAUUCUCUAAUUUACUGGGUUUACUAUCAAUAGGGGGAAUAAAAAAUAAUUUUCAAUGUUCCCACAUUUCCAAGUCGAAGGGAUCUACAACAUCGACAGGGACUUGUUUAAAAUAUUUUAUUCUUUUCAUAUUUUUUAGGAGAUUUUAUUUGACCAGCGCAUUGCGUUCCGCAGAAUAUGACGAAGAAGGUAUUAAUAGGAUGACGAUACCCAAAUUCAGAAUAAGGCCAGCCUUGCAGUAUUGUAUCAUUGCGAGGGGCCUUCGUCCACCUUCAGAACCACGUAAACAUACAGAUCCUGAGGUACCAGAUAAACUACCCUCUCUGUCACUAACGCCUAUAGACGAGUCCAGCUCACAUCCAACCAAGUGUUUAAGAACGAUAUUUCCUUUUAUUUCACGGUCUGUGAAUGCCCGUCAGGCUCCUCAGGCUUGCAAACCUACAAGAUGCUAAUAUCGGGAAGGUCUUUUGCGUUAGAAGGACGAAUGAAUUUACCCUUGAAAGUUUAGAUUCUUUUCAUAUAUUAUCAUUGAUUAUUAUGGGAGUCGGAUGGCGGGUCAUGCUUGCUGUUAACAAGAGCGUUUUUAUUGUGUUCAUAUUUCCAUCAUAUCUUUUUCUUUCUUAGAGAGCAUUAGUGACCGUCAGAUGGCUAUAUUUAGCAUAUAUUUUGGAGGCCCAAAGCUUUCUAAGUACUCUACACAAUCGAAUUGGGGGAUCUGCACAAAUUGUGAAAUGGAUCUUCUUCUUCCUUUUUUUUUUUUUGUUACCAUGAAUAUAUUUCUCCACAUAUUCAUCACUUCCCUGCUAAGCUGAAAGGAGGCAUAAAUCACGCAUACAUUCGGGGCGGCCCAUAUUAUUUUAUUCUAUAAUGAGGACCCCUGAGAAAAGUGACAGCUGAUGCUUGUUAUUCUUCUUCUUCGCAGCCUUCUUCAGGCGGGGAUCGGAGCUUUCUCAGCUUUCUUCCCCGACUACCAGGACAGGAUCACCAGUCAUGAGGCAGCGCAUUUUCUCGGUAAGUGAAAAUCAGAUGGAACGCGCCCUCUUGUCUACUCUCCUCCUCCUCCCCCCGGAGACAGCAGAAAUCAAAGCGUCGCGGUGCCCAUGGAAUCUAAGAUUCCCCCGUCUAAGCUCGAAAAUCUCUUCUAUUUCACUCCUUUUUUGUGAAAUCGAGUCCCUCUCCGCUCCCUUCGUGUCUUCACCUGGGUUUUCGUUCCUCUUUCUAAUUUUGGGAUGAUGAGUUCUUCGUGACUUUUCACCUGGUUUUUUUCUGCUUUCUAUUUCUCGGAGUCUUUCUCCGUCGACGUGGAUGGGUGGAGUGGAAGAAAUGACGCCAUUGUUUCUGUAUGGAAUGUCCAGUGGCGUACCUGGUGGGCCUCCCCAUUCUGGACUACUCCUUGGACAUCGGCAAGGAGCACAUCAACCUGCUCAACGAGAGACUCCAGAAGCUGAUCUACAGCGGGCAACUCGACGACAAAGAACUAGACAGGUACAGAGAUCUCGACGCGUUGACUUUUUCCCUUUUCUAACAGAAAAAUCGCGGAUAUUUUCGUUGCGCCGUUGACUCCUGUCCUGGGUUGGACCGCAGGUUGGCGGUGGUGUGCAUGGCUGGCCUGGCUGCCGAGGGGCUGAGAUACGACAAGGUUGUCGGCCAGUCGGCGGAUCUCUUCACCCUCCAGGUCGCCGCUCUGGCCAUCAUUAUAUCCUCUUCUCUUCUCCAUUACUACUUGAAACCAUCUCACCUCUCUCUCCCUUUCUUUCUCUUAUCUCUUCAGAGACUUAUAAACAGGACCAAAGCGCAGAUAAGCAAGGAGCAGCAGCAGAAUCUCACCAGAUGGGCGGUGAGUUGCUCACCGCCGGCGCUCUACUUCUUCUAGUUCUCGUUCGUCUCCGCCGCGGAGAAUAAUAAAUAAUCUUGACAGCAGGUUCUGUUCGCGGCGUCGCUGCUGAAGAAUAACAGGGCGGCGCACGAGGCCCUGAUGGCGGCCAUGGCGAGGAAAGCCCCCGUGAUGGAGUGCAUCGAGGCGAUAGAAAACCCCGGGGAAAAAAAGUGA